GUAUACUCAUAUUAUUUUUGCUUUACAUCUGUUUUUUUUUACACGCCGGCAUCACUAUCUACUACUUGUAAAGAAAGUAAAGCAAAAAAUAUGAAGAAAUUUUGUUCGUGUAUUUGUUUUCAUGGAGAAAAGUUUCGUCUGGGUAAAUUAUAAGAUAUAAUGAAAUAUGGGAUAUGUAAUUUCGGGAAAGUUAGUGAAGGUUAAAAUAUAUUAUCGUGUUUGAUUUCUUCGCACAAAUAUCGAAUAUUUGAUUUUUGUGUUUAUCUCUUUAAUUGAACAUAUCAACAUUUAUAAGAUUAUAAAAAAGUUGGAAAAGGCUAUAUUUCAUUUAGAAGAUAUUAGCUGUUUUUUAUAAUGGCAGCAGUUGACAAUGACAGCGAUAAUGAUGUGAUUACUGAUUUUCUAAAUUCCAACACUACAUCUAAUACUGAUCCCAUAUAUUCUGUAACUGAACCGAAUUUACAAAACCAAUUGCAAAAUACAAAGACGCAACACCUAACUAAUCAACCGCGUCCCUAUUCUGAGAGUCAAAAUUAUUGCAUUCCUAUUAUAGAUACUCCACCAGUUUUGCACUCAAAUAAUUCUUGUAAUAAUAAUAUGAUUCCUACAAUAAAUGUAACCCCGCACAGUCCGGCAUCAAUAACAAAAUUUAAUAAUAUUUUCGAAGACACCCUGACACAACUUCAAAGUAUAAGAGAGACUGUGGUACAAAUGAAAAAUUGCAGUGCCCACAUGCAUGAUGGUUUUACUAGUUUCUGGCCAGUUCAUGCGGCUAUUCUAAGCGCAUCUUUACCUGACCUAUAUUCAGUAAAUAGCAAUGCUAAUGUAACACACGCUCUUGGGCACUAUGUUAGAUGGAUGCCACGACAACAGCAAUAUGUUCCUAUGAAUGAACGUCGUCGAUCUUGGACAACCAUUGAGGAUCUGAAUAUUACAAACAAAAGUAUUAGUUUAUCUAGCUUGGAUAGUGAAGAACCUGAAACAAUAUGUGCUACAGAUCAGCGUCGACGUUCUGCUAGAAAUAGCACCGGAGGCAUAUCAACACACUCCCUUAACGAGGCAGAGUUAGCUCGGGAUUUUCAGCGAAUUGCGGCAAAGCGUAGUCUAGCAACCGAAAUUCGUAUUCCACUACAAAAAAGCAUAUCUACUUCAUCAAUAGUUGCAAAAGAAGAGAUUAAAUCUCGUCAUCUGUAUGAUAGCGAGGAUGAAAACCAAAGCCUUUUGAGAGCCCAUGUGAAAAUUGAGGCAUACGACAAUGUGGAGAAACGACGAAAGCGGGGUUCACUAUUCUUUCGCAAAAAAAAGGAUAAAAAUAAAAUCAAGUCUGGAGGUCACACUGGUGUAUGUGAUUCGUGUGGUAUCAAUAUAUCAACAUUAAAUUUUAAGGAACAUCAAAUAGAAUGCAAAGGAAAAAAAUCAGGUUUCAGUAGUGGUCAAAAAUUGUUAUUGGUUGGUGUAAAGAAGGGAGCAGAUAAAACAGAAAUUGGUCAAGACUAUUUCGAUGGAGUUGAUCAGACCUUAAAUCUUAACGACGACACACCCUUGAUACGUUCUGAAUUUUUAAAUGACCCACCUAUCGAAGCUCAGGAUCUAGGCGCAGAUCCAAUACUUGGAAUAGCAGCUGAGGAGCAUGAUUCAUGGUCACCCAGUGUUCCCAAGGACGUUCUAAAAUCUCUCAAAGAAAAGCAGAUUAAAAGACAGGAACAUAUUUAUGAGUUUAUUAUGACAGAGAAACACCAUUGUCAAACUCUCCUUGUAAUGCAAAAAGUUUUUGUCGAAAGUUUGGAACGUCAUUUUGCUUCAUGGAAUAUAAAUAACAUGUUCCCCCGUUUAUCAGAAUUAACUGAGUUGCAUAUAACUUUUUUGAAAAAAUUAAGACAAAAGCAACGAGAGCAGUAUGUCGUUGAUAGUAUAGCUGACAUAUUAUUAGAUUUUUUUUCAUUGGAAAAAGCACAACACCUAAGGAUAGCAUAUGGGGAAUUUUGUGCUAAUCAUCGAACAGCACUGGAACAUUUUAAGACGUGCAUGACCAGUCGUGAUCAAACGUUUGCUGAGUGGUACAAACACUGUUUAGCUAAUCCGUUAUUAAAGAAAAAAGGAAUUCCAGAAUGUAUACUAUUUGUUACCCAGCGCCUUACUAAGUAUCCUUUGUUGAUCGAACCCCUUCUUAAAAGUGGGCGGGAAGAUAAAUUGGAAGCGGAUAAGCUUCAGCAUGCGCUUAAUUUAGUAAAAGCCUUGCUUAUAGAUGUUGAUGCUUGCGUUGCUGAGAAAGAGUUACGAGAAAGACAAAUCGAAAUUUUUAAUCGCGUCGACCCGAAAUCGUUUGCCAUAUAUAAAAAUAAACCAUUUCGCAAGUCAGAUAUUGGAGUUGAAUCACGUCGUCGUUUGAAAUUUGAAGGUUAUGCAACUUUAAUGCAAGGGCGUUCAAAGAUGCAAUUAGUAUUAGUUGUUGUACUCACCGACUGUCUAUUCUUCCUUUGUGAGAAUUCUGCCCACAACAAGUACACAUUUUUUACACCAGAACAUAAAGCGGGUGUAGUUCCAUUACAAAAAUUGCUCAUUCGUGAAAAAGCGGGAACAGAAGCACGCGGUAUUUAUAUAAUUUCUUCAAAUCCAUCUUUUCCGGAAAUGUAUGAAUUAAAAGUGCAGCAGCCUAAGGAUAAGAAUACUUGGAUUCAGUCAAUACGGCAGGCCGUUCUGGAGUGUCCAUCAUCGGAUGUUAUAGAAACUGAAGAUCUUACAGCUGAAGAAAAACUUCGAAUUGGUGUUAGUAGACGGGAUCUUAUUGAUAAAAUAAGACAGAAAGAUAUUGAUCAUGCAAUUCUAUUGGAGGACAAGAUAUAUCUCCAACUGAAUUUAUUAAAAGAGCAGAAUAAUUUUUUUGAAGUUACUGCAACAUCUGGGCAAAAUAAUAGUUGUUCAACCCAUGGAAAUGGUGCAUACAUUAAUGGCAGCCCAGCAAACGCUUCAAAUUUCCUUUCUACGUUUGGUUCCUAUAAGGAUUUAGUGGGCGUGGAUUGUAAUACUAUCGAGCUAUGGAAAUAUGUGUUGAAUAUGGUGCAAAGUAUUAGCCAGCUGGCUGCUAUGGUGUAUACAGCAUCUACUGGUUUGCCAGUGUCGCGUUCAGUAAGUUCGGUAGGGGAAAAACAAAGUGACAGUUAUGCAUCUCCUACACUACCGAAACGUGCAGAAACGUUUGCUGGUUUUGACGAAAAACGAGGUAAAGGUAGUUUUUCGUUUAGGGACGCGUCGAAAAUGUCAGCAUUACAAACUCUAACACCACGGCUACAAGAGUUGGAAGAGAAGUGUGAUCCUAAAUCUGGUUCAUCCGUGGUCACAUUGAGAAUCCAAUCCUUAACAAGUGGCUUACAGUCCUCAACGACACUUGAAACUGAACCUAUGCAGACUGAAGAUAUUGCCAUCAAAGAUCAUAAUUAUGCCGCAUUGCAAAUAUCACAUCAUCUUCAUUCUUUACUAUGCAUAGUGUCACAACAGAUGACAGUUAUACAAAACUUGCAAUUACAAUUGGCAUUGUAUCGGGAAAGUCCACGAGUCGCUUAUACCCAUAAUGACCAAUUAGAAGAGUUAAGAAAUCUUCAGGACAAAUUACAGGACGAGAAAACUGUUUGGUUACGCCAAAAAGAGCAACAGGAACAAGAAUUAGAGGAAAAACAUGAACAGCAAAUUAAACUUCAAGAGCAAAUCAAAGCUGAACAAGAAGAUAUCAAACAACAACGGGAACAACUUUAUCGUAAAAUGGAAUUACUCUCAAAUCAAGGAUUACUACUGUCGCCCAAUACACCUCUAUUGAUUAAUAGUCCAUCAUUGGCAACAACUUCUUCUGGUGAUGAUGCACACGAUAGUCACGAAGGAGGUAAUUUGCAAAGCGAUUUGUCCACACCAACCAUCUUAGCCCAGAGUACUGUCGAUCGACGAAAAGACAAAUGGCGUACAGCUUCGACGAUUUCUAAAAAUCCACCUGGUAACUUGCUAAGUGCCACUAAUGCACCAAAAAUAAAUCAGACUUGUAUUAAACAGAAGUUUCCUAUGAAGUUAUCUUCUCUCUCGGCAAGCACAUCCUUAAGCAGUCCCAACUCCGGCAGCAGCAAAAUUGACAAAUCUGCCAGUUUUAAUGCAAGUGUCUUACAACAAGCCGGCUGCACACAGAUGUUGCCACUCAAGCUGGCUGAUAAACGUUCUACUAACAAUUUUAACACGACACAAUCAACGUCCCAAAUUGUUCCACACCAUGCGCGCACUGGUAGUUCACCUGCAAUUAUUCAACAUCCUAAUACAAGAACAGCAACGUCACCCCCUCCGUCAACUGUGAGCAUGAGUCGUACGGAUUCCUCAUCGACUUUAACUUUUAGCCAGCGACAGACGCCCACUUCCUCGCGCAAUUCUCAAGCAAUGGCACAGCCGGGAAAAAAUUGUUUGUCAACAAUUGGGACCAGCAAUUUAAAACGCCGCAACAAAAAUAACAAUGUUAAACCAGAUGAAGAAGAAAUUUAUUUUUGACGCUCAUUCUCACCAGAACUUGAGAUAUAAAUGAGACAUUAAUAUAAUUACAUUAUUGCAGAUAGUUAAUUAGAAGAAAUCCAUUGUCCCAGCUCAAAAACAAAACAUAAAACUCAGAAUAGUUUUUAAUCUAAAGUAUAUUUUAUUCAUAUGUAGUUGACAAAAAGCUUAUGUAUUUACAUUUCUAUACGUAUACCAUAUAAAUUGCUUCCAUUCUCAACAUGUGAAUUAUAAGUAAAGUCCAAAUAUAAAUAUUAAAUUGUAAUUCAUUUUUGUGAAAUGUGAUGUGUGAUUUCAAUAAAAAUGCAGUA